CUCCAAGCCAAAAUAGAGGACUCCAAAAUCUGGUACCUCAGCAGAUGCAAAGCAAUUGUAGAAUUACAGUUUUUGAUGAAAAUGCUGAUGAAGCUUCUAGAGCAGAGUUGUCUAAGCCUACAGUCCAGCCAUGGUUGGCACCACCUGUCCCCAGGGCCAAAGAAAAUGAGUUGCAAGCAGGCCCUUGGAACAUAGACAGGUCUUUGGAAUACAGGUCUCAGGCCAUUUCAUCUUCUAUCACAGCUGUACCCACUGCUCUUCCCAGUUUUACUCCAUAUGUACCCGCUGCUCUUCCCAGUUUUACUCCAUAUGUGGAAGAGACGGCACAACAGCCAGCUAUGACACCAUGUAAAAUUGAACCUAGUAUAAAUCAUGUUCUGAGCACCAGAAAGCCUGGAAAGGAAGAAGGAGAUCCCUUACAAAGAGUUCAAAGCCAUCAGCAAGCAUCUGAAGAAAAGAAAGAGAAGAUGAUGUAUUGUAAGGAGAAGAUUUAUGCAGGAGUAGGGGAGUUCUCCUUUGAAGAAAUCCGGGCUGAAGCCUUCCGAAAGAAAUUGAAUGAGCGAAGAAAAGCUGAGCUAUUGACCAGUGCAGAGAAGAGAGCAGAAAUGCAGAAACAGAUUGAAGAGAUGGAAAAGAAGCUAAAAGAAAUACAAACUACUCAGCAAGGAAGAGCAGAUAAUCAG